UGAUCGGUCCUCCUUGUAUAUAGGCUUUGUGGACUAGUCAACGAUGCUAUCCAAUAGAAAGGUUAUGUUUUAAAUCUUACCCCUGGCUUCAUCUACCGUUAAGAAUGAAAAACUAUGAAGAAAACGAUGGUUCAGGACAAGAAACAGUUUCAAAAAUAUGUUUAUAACUGCUGAAAAUAGGUAUCGGUUAUUAAGAGUUUGAAAACAUUUGAGAGGUUUUCUUUCUAUAUAACAAAGACUUUUGUCGGGACUGCUCAUCUUAAAACGCAUUAUAGUGGUCGGUGCGGAUCGCUAGAUUUUUCUUAUUUAAUCCGCAACAAAAUAUGAAUACAAAAGAAAAAGAAAAAUAUAUAGAGGAAUUUGAUUUUCCUCAUUGCGACGAAUCAUCGAAAUAUGAAAAAGUCGCGAAAAUUGGCCAGGGCACGUUCGGGGAGGUAUUCAAAGCAAGGGAUAAAAAAACCAGUAAAAAGUUUGUAGCUAUGAAAAAAGUUCUAAUGGACAACGAAAAGGAAGGGUUUCCUAUAACUGCGUUAAGAGAAAUAAGGAUAUUACAAUUAUUAAAGCACGAAAAUGUAGUGAGUCUUAUAGAAAUUUGUAGAACAAGGGCAACACAGUACAACCGAUAUCGCUCCACUUUUUACCUUGUAUUCGACUUUUGCGAGCACGAUCUAGCCGGUUUAUUGUCCAAUGUAAAUGUUAAAUUCAGUUUAGGAGAAAUUAAGAAGGUUAUGCAACAAUUGUUGAAUGGCCUUUAUUAUAUUCACAGUAAUAAGAUUUUGCAUAGAGAUAUGAAGGCUGCUAAUGUUUUAAUAACAAAGAAUGGCAUAUUGAAGUUAGCUGAUUUUGGUUUAGCAAGAGCAUUUAGUGCUAAUAAGAAUGGUCAACCAAAUCGUUACACAAAUAGAGUCGUUACUCUUUGGUAUAGGCCUCCGGAAUUACUGUUGGGAGAUAGAAAUUAUGGUCCACCGGUAGAUUUAUGGGGUGCUGGAUGUAUAAUGGCUGAAAUGUGGACAAGAUCGCCUAUAAUGCAAGGAAAUACGGAGCAACAGCAAUUGAUAUUAAUUUCACAAUUGUGUGGUUCUAUAACGACAGAGGUUUGGCCAGGUGUAGAACGUUUGGAAUUAUUUAACAAAAUGGAUCUGCCCAAGGGUCAAAAAAGAAAAGUUAAAGACAGACUGAAGCCAUAUUUGAAAGAUCCCUACGCUUGCGAUUUGUUGGACAAACUUCUUAUCCUUGAUCCUAGUAAAAGAUUUGAUUCGGAUUCUGCAUUAAAUCAUGACUUCUUCUGGACAGAUCCAAUGCCUUGCGAUUUAAGUAAAAUGUUGGCGCAACAUACGCAAAGCAUGUUUGAAUAUUUAGCACCGCCAAGGAGACCUGGCCACAUGCGACAUCCUCAUCAUCAAGUACCAGGUGGUCCAGCAAAACCUAGUUCAAGUAUGGCUGAUAGUGGAUAUCAAGAUAGAGUAUUUUAAGUAAAUCAGUAGAAGAGGAGCAUGCAUAAUAAAGCAUCGUACAGCAUUUUUAUUUUCUAGCUCUUUUCUAUCAAAAUAUAUUACAGAAUAAUUUAUAUAAGAGUAGAAGAUAGUGAAGCUAAAUAAAUCAGAAUUUCGGGGGAAAUGUUCUUGUCCACGUCCUUUGUGAAUAUAUAUUUUAAUUGGCUUAUGAAAUGAAAAAAGAUAUCUUAUUUUUGUUGAUAAAAUAACUAGCCAAUAAAAUAUGCAUUUAUAAUUUUAUGAUCACUUUUCCGAAGUAUCUAGUCCGGAGAUUCGGAUUCAUUUAGAGUGAGAUUAAUAUUAAAAGAUAACUGUUUCAAACUUAAUAU